UUCAAAAACAAAAAAAUUAAUCAAACAACGAAAUGCAUCUUGUUUGAAAAAUGAAGACAGAAAUUGCGAAUUGCAUCUUAGUUUUGGCUUAUUGCAAUUUAGUAUUUGCUGCUCAAUAUAAAUAUGAAUUGAUAAAGACGAAUUUAUUUACAACUAAUACUUGGUAUAAUAUCCGAGCAUAUCCCUUUGGUUUACAAAAUGAAGACUUUUAUAAAAAGAACGUGAUAUUAAAUAAAAAUGAAGUAUGGUUGUUCAAUUUAGCCGAAGAAGUCAACAUUGUUAAUGUUACUUUGGCAUUCAAAGAAAAAAAUUACGAAUUUCGUUUAAUAAGUCCUGGCGAAAAUGCAUAUUGUUCAUCCGAAAAUGACAACAAUAACUGUUUUGAAACGAAAUAUCAAAGUAAUAGUUACUAUGAAAUAAAUGUUGGAUUCAGUAGUAGUACUACAUCAUAUAUUAAGUUAUCAGCUGAAGUUACUGAGAUGCUUCUUUACUUCAUUGUAUACACCAAAGAGUUGAACAAACCUUCAUAUUUUAUUGCCCCAGAUUCAAGCAUGUAUUCAAUUUAUGAAGCAUCAUUCUUCUCGAACAAUUUAAACGUUAACUUUAACACUAUAUCUAAAAUUUUAAAUCUCACUACUACUGAUAUUCAACCUAUAAAUUCAUUCAAUACAGAGUUUGAUGGGUUUCAAGUUGCAUGGUUUACAAUAAAAUUAAGUAAAAUUCAAUUAGUUCAUCAAUUUAUUGUUAUGUCAAGCAACGAGAAUGGUUUAAAUUUCAUCAAAGGAAUAUCUUUAUCAUUUCGAAUAAAUGAAACCAGAAAUUUUAUUAUAUAUAAAGAAAAUAAUGAAACAAAGGUUUUUACAAGCAACUAUAUUAGUUUAAUGUGGUUUUGUUAUACUUUGAUAAAUCCCUUUAUGGCUUCAGAAAUCAGAAUAAAUAUUGAUUCAGGAGAUUCACUUAUGAAUUUUAAAAUGGAUUUCAGAUUUAUUGAAUCUAUUGAAUACCAAUAUAAUAAACCAACCAUUGAAUCAUUUGUAUUUUCAAAAAGUGAUUUGUUAAUAAUGAGAUUUAAUGCAUCGAGUUUAAUCACUGGACUAACAUUUGAUACUAUUGAUCAAUUAUUGGAGUUUUGUAUCUAUUAUGAAGUAAAUGGUAAUUACUUACCAUACAAAGAUAACAAGCUGUUUAAUGAUACUAUUGUUUUUUCAAUUUCAUCUGAAAUAUAUUUAUAUCCUUUUCGAACAUCAUCACUUAAACUUUUGUGUUUAAAUUGGAAUACAGUUAGUGAAAGCAACUUUACCAUUGCUGUGAAAGGAACUUCAUAUCUUACUGCUGAUUAUUCUUGGUCAAAAGAAAACAUGGAUGUAACAAACAAUUUUGUCCAAUAUACAAGUGUUGUUGGGACUGAAAUUCUAUUUGGUGAUUCAGUUAAUAUGAAAAAAAUUAAUUCUUUAAAUAGACUUAUGACCAAUCAUUUUGGACCAAGUUGCUACACUCAACCAGAUUUAUGCGAUACAGGAUUUACUGUUCAACUCAAUGUAGAAGUUCCAUUUUCAUCUCAUGAUGUUGAGCUCAAUUUUCGUCCAACUAGAGCUUUUUAUAUAAAUAGCGAUGAUAAAUAUUUUCUUGAGCCUGAAAUAAUACAUUUUGGACAAUUAUAUACAACCUUCUUCUUGUUCAACAAUGUCAAUCUGCCAUCAAAUGCAGAAGUUUUAAGUUUUCAGUUUUUCAUUGGUUCAUAUCAAGGGUCUGGGUCAAACUCCAAAGACUUUUUAGCACAAGCCUUUUUGUUAGUGUCUCAACAUGAAACAUUUGAGUAUUAUUUCACAACCCAGUUAUUUACAAAUACAGCUUUAUAUCUCUCAAAUGAAGAUAACAUAACCUUUCUGUUUAAUGGAUCUAAUGCAAAAAGCUAUAACAGUCUUGAUUUGUUGAAUCUUUAUAACAUAGUUUCAAAUAAAUAUUUUGGAUUGGUAAAACAUAUAGGUAUUAUCAUAAUACCUAAAAUUCAAGCAAGUGGUAACAAUUUUGACUUCAAUAGAAAUGGAUUUAAAUUGGCUAUAUCAUAUAGAAGAAAAGUAAUUGGUAAUGAAAAUUUGUCGUCACAUGUUACAACAGUAAACUCCAUUGUAUAUGCAUUCAAUGAGAAUUAUUAUAUUACUGGAAUACAAUUUCAAAAUAAAGAAUCAAUAAAAGAAACUUAUGCACUAUUUUCUUAUGAUUCCAGUGGGUAUCACUUUCUCGCUGAGUUUGAAAAAGGAAGUGGAGAUAACAGUAUCAUUGUUGUAAAUAAUUUUAUUAAAACACAAAUGUUAAAGUUUGAUGCAAGUUAUUUAAUUAAUCCAGUUGAUGUAAAUAUUUUGGGUCGUAAAGAUCAAAAGCAAUUUUACUCUAUAUAUUCUGCUGCUGCUUUUUACACAUGGAUAAAACUGCUACAAAUAAGUGAUAAUCCAGACGUCUGUUUUAUAAUAGGGCAAUAUAAUACUUAUCCAUCAACAUCUUUGUUAACAUAUAAAGUUACAUUGCCUUUGAAUGUAGUUGUAACAAGUUUGAAUUUUAAAAUUGAUAAUCAGUGUAACUCUGUCUAUUGUGGGAAUGGAUUUAAAGUGCGUGUUUAUUUGCUCAUGUCUGAAGAAAAUACAUUUAAUAAUACAUUUAUAGAUUUGAAAAAUAUGAUUUAUGAUUAUUCAAAGUUGUUUCUUUCAAAUGAACAAUAUAUCAUCCAUCACUUGUCUUCUAGUGGUAACAGUAUUGAUUUGUUGAGUCUCUAUAAGAAUGUUUUAAAAAAAUAUUCUGGGGCAGUGACAUAUAUUGGUAUUGUUGUGAUGCCUGAUAGUGUAUUGGAUCAAGCUUCUACCUAUUGUUCUUUCCACAAAAAUGAUAUUGAAUUAAGAAUAAUAUGGACUGGAAAUGAUGAGUUAUACGAUUCGAAUCCUAAAGUGACCUUUAAUACAGCUAUAAAUCUGGUUCAUUUAAGCACACAUAAUGAUGGUUUUAUUGUAUUUGGGAAAAGUAUAGAUAAACAAUUAAUAUCCACCAUUAUGUAUAAAGUUAACUUACCUUUAGAAAUAACCAGUUUUAAUUUAUCAAUUGGUAGUCCAUAUAGUUAUAAUAAUAUUGAUAGUGGAUUUACAAUACUUGUUUAUUUGCUAGUGUCGAAAGAUGAAUCUUUUAAUAAUAUAUUUGUUGAUCUAAAAAAUAUGUUGUAUAAUUACUCAAAAUUAUCUCUUUCAAAUAAACAAUAUAUAAAAUUUGUUAUGAAUCUUGGAUCCAGAUCCAUUGAUUUAUUAAAUCUUUUUAACAAUGCUUUAAAUGAUUAUUCUGACCCAGUUAAUUAUAUUGGUAUAAUUAUGAUGCCUGAAAAUGAAUUAAAAUCUGAGACCUUUUGUUAUGUCAACAAAGAUCAAGUUAAAUUAGUCAUAACAUAUAAAGGGCCAGAAACAUCAUUAACAUAUAUUUCAACUUUGAAAUCAAGAGUAUUUACUUUUGAUGACAAAUAUUUUAUUACUGGAAUAGAGAUGAAAAGUAAUGAUGUAAUAAAACAAACAUUUGUUUUAUCUGCUUUAUCUUCUGAUGCUUUUAUUCAAGAUCAAUAUGUAUAUGUUGAUGAGUUUGAACUUGAAGGAGGAGAAUAUCAAUACAUUGCAUUAAAUGGUGUUACCAUGGCAAAUGUUUUGAAUGUGACUUAUUUAAACAACGCACCUGACAUUAAAUUUUAUGGAAGUAAAUAUAUUGGUAUGACUUCGCCAAUUAUUUCUGCUGGGCUUGGGGGCUAUGAAAUUAAAGCUCAAGGAAAUGGUUUUCAAAUUCAGUUAAACAGUGAUAAUAAAAUUGUAGCUACAGUCAUUGCAAAAGACAGUAUGUAUGUAGCAUACAUGGAGAAUCCAAUUGCAGUCCCUUAUACUCUGACACUUGUAUGGUAUAAACAAAAUGAUACAUUGCUUUUGUAUCACAAUAAUGAUUUUAUUAGUGUGGGAAACCAUUCAAGUGUUUCUUCGUAUACUUGUUUGUAUAAUGAGUAUCUUCUUGUGUAUGCUGAUUAUUACAACUACUCAAAUCUUAACGGAGCACUAUCUGAUAUUAGGAUGUGGUCUGUUCCACUAACUUCUGAUGAGAUAUCUCAUUUAUUAAAUGAAACAGUUUCAGACUGGAACAAUUUAGAUGCAAAACCCCCAGCAGGAUUUAAAUUUGGUUCAGAUUGCUAUUGUAAAAAUAUGGUUUGUCCAUGUGAAAUGCUUGAACUGUCAAGUACUGUUGAAUAUACUAGCAGGAUAUCAGAUUUUUUUUUAAUAAAUGAUGAUGAAUAUUUUGAAGAAGAAAUUAGUGUGUUUAUGUUUAAUAAUUUUACAACAUACUUUGAUAAUAUAAUAUUGAACUUUCAAGAAAUUUGGCUUCAACAAGUAUUUAUAAAAGGCAGUUUAGUUUCAGAUAAAAGUGAUUCAUGUUCCAAUAUAACAAUGCAGCUUGAAAACUAUGCAGAGGUAGUUGAAACUAAAUGGUGUGACUCUGUAAAUUCAAAUGAGAAUUUUUCUAGUCCUGAUUUAACACUGUUGAUUAGUCACCUGCUUAAAGUUGUAAAUUAUGCUAAACCCUUGACAAUCAUAGUUGAGUUUAAUGGUGUUGUUUUGCAACCAGGAAGUGUUUUAGUAAUUACAUACUUGUUGCCUAAACCCUUUACUUUCAUUCAUGCAAGUGCAAUUCAAAGUGAUUCUCAAGAUUUGCUGGAAUCAUUUUCUUUACCUGUUACUAGUUCAUGUUUGUCAUUUCAGUUUAAGUUUGGUGGAACAGGAUUUGUGAGUCUUGUUGUAUUAGGUUAUACCAAACAGAUUACAAAAGAAUUAGCUUUUUUCUAUCGACGAGAGGGUCUUGACCAAUGGAUUAGCACUUUUAUCAGUUUGCAAAAUCAUGACCAUGUUUUAUCAGUAAAGUUUGUGGCUUUAAAAAAUGGUCUUGGCAUUGGUUACAUAGCACUUGGCACAAUACAGUUUUUAAGUUGUGAUAAACUAGGGGAAAAGGAACUUACUGCUGUAGAUAUUGAGAGUGGCUCAACAUACUUGAAUAAUUCGCUUUUUUUUUAUCCUGCAAUCUAUGUUAGAGGAUCUUCUGAAGUGUUUGCAAAUUUUCCUAACUCUAUAUUCACAUCAGAUGAUAAUAACAUCUUUUUACAAACUAUAUACGGUUACACUGAAGAAGUUUCAAAGAAAACACUUAAUUUUUUAGAAGUUAAUUUGAAUAAAGAUUUUACAUUUACAUUUUGGUACCAAGUUAAAAAUUCACCAUACGAAAUUUUAAGUUUCAUAUAUGAUAAAGAAAUAAAGAUUUAUCAGGAAACCUAUUUAAUUAGAAUGAGUGUUAAUGGUCAAGACCAAAAUGUUAACAUAAAUCAAUUGUUACAAUGGCAUUACAUUGUUGUUCAGUAUGAGCGAAAGUUUUUAAAGCUUUCGUUUGAAGUGGAUUUUAGCGUUAGUACUGUUUAUGAUGGAAUUCAAUUUCCACAAAUUUCAAGACUGAAGAUUGUUUUGCAAAAUAGUAUAUUCUGUUUUCAAAUGUAUAAAGAAGUAUUGUUUCUUUCUGCUUUGAAAGCAACAAUGUUAUGUAUGAAGACAGUGGAAAAUGCAUGCACACAAAAAAAAAGUAAUUGUGAAUGGUGUAAUCCAUUAUAUGGUGAAUGGGAAUUGUAUCCAUGGGAAUACAUUUUUGACAAAAAUGGUGAUUGUCUCCAAGUUUUAGAUGACUUUAACAAAACUUUCUAUCAAUCAUUUAACAACAUUAUCAAUGAAAGUUUUGUGGCUGACAACUCUGAUGGUUAUGAAGUUAAGUUAUCAGCAGAAGUUAAACCUGUCUUGGGUUUUGUUAAUAAUGGAUUGUCAACUGAGUCUAAUUAUGUUGUUGUUGCUAAUCAAGAUGUUACUAAAUAUUUAAGUAAAAGUUCCUAUAUGUUUUCAGCUUGGGUUAAACACACCUGUGAAAUUAGAAAUCAAUACAAGCCAAUUAUAAGUACUUCACUUGUUGUGUUGCUUUGUGGUGUUAUAGAUACAAAUGUUCUUACUUUUAAACCAACUUUAGUUUUUCAUGAUAAUUGUUUGUACCCAUUACCUGGAAAGUCUGGUUUGUGGUAUAACUUUGCAUUUGUUUUUAAUAAAACUAUUUCAGUUUACAUUGAUGGGCAACUUGUUUCAAAAAAAGAGUGCUUAGGCAAUGCUUUACCUUUUAAAGACAUCACAGAAAAAAAUGAUGUACGCGUGUGGAGUUUUGAUUUUAAUGCUACUUUGUUAGAUGAAGUAUUUAUUGGAGAUGUUGCUCCUGAAACGUUGUUCUGGAGGCAGUUAACAGGUAAUUUGAAUUUUGAAAAAACUAAACAAAUGACAAAACCUUUUCGAUUCUACUUAACCUCGCAAGAAACUUGGGUUUAUGAGACAAGUUUCCAUGGUAGUUAUCUGUAUGAAAGAGUUGUUACAAUUUUAGAACCUCAGAUAACAGAUCUGUUUCGCUUAUCAAUCAGAGAGUUUUUAUUAAUUGAAGUUAUAUCGAUGCAACUGAUUCAAAGCCAAAAAGUUAUUUGUAAUUUGGAUAUUUAUCUUGCCGUUCAAAGUAAAGAGGUUUUUCAAAAGAUUGCGGAAACUUUGAAUAAAUAUAUUCAGAUUUUGUUAGGUUUACAAACAUUAACAUUUUCAGAAAAUUCACUUAUUACUUCAACUAAUGAUUUGUUUGUUGAUCAAACAAAAUCUGACGAAUUACUUGAAUAUUACUCAAAGUUUGCAUCUUAUGAAGUGCUUCUUCAAAAUAAAACAUUUGUUGUGAUCUCAUUAAAGCUUUUUGAAGAUGUAAGAUAUCCUAUCAGUACAGCUUUUAUCCAAUGGAAACAAAAAGGUGGAUUUGACACUAAUCAAAUUUGGUCUAACCAAACUAAUUUUAUUAAAAUCAGUCCUUUAAAAACUUUUACUGAGUAUUAUAUUUGCUUCGCCUUCACAACAAAUAGAAGGAAGAUGAGUUUGUGCACCGAGCAAUCUAAAACAUUUAUGACUGCCGAAGGAGAACCUGUCCAGUCCCCAAGUUUAAGUUGUUCAGCUAACCAAGAAAAUAAAAGUAUGAGAUGCGACAUUGGUAUAAUAAGCCAGCAAAACUGGAUAGGAUUCCCUUAUAGCUAUAAUUUGAUAUACAGAGAAAAGUUGCCAGAUGAUAAUUGUGAUAACUCAGAAAGCAAAUUAAACCUUAACCAUUAUAUUAAUGUUGAUUAUAAUCUUAUAAAAACAAACCCUGAAAAAUUGCAUGUGAGUUUUGACACUUCUGAUUAUCCUUUUUUACAACUAUGUAUUAUUGCUUAUGGUACAACUCAAGGCGGGAAUGGAAUUGGUGUUUCAAAUUUUAGUGUUAUUAGAACUCAGAGCGCUGCACCUGAUAUUGCACCUGAUGGUUUAAAUGCAACUUUCAACAACACUGAAGUUUUAUUUGAGUGGCAAUCUCUUGAAAAUGAUAUAGAUGUUUGGAAUGAUUUUAAAGCAGGCUCUUACCGUUUAAGCUAUGGAAUUUUAAAAAGUUUACUAAUUACAGUUGAUUCUUUUAAGACUGUCAAUGUAAUCAAUAAUGAAUAUGUUUUAAAAAAUGCAACCCAAUGUCAUGUUUACAUUGCUUAUGUAAAUGCCUAUUCUAUUGCACUUGGUCCUGCAAGUCCUAAAAUAUGUUUUCUUAGUCCUAUUACACAACCAGACUGUGUAAAUCCUGUUAUUAAAGCGUAUUAUCUUGUUGACCCAAGAACAGCCGUCUUUCUUCCUGAUAGUUUUGAUCCUACAUAUUUUCGAGGAGUUAAAAAGUCAUGGUUAUUUCAUGUAAAUGUUACAGGAAGUUAUGAUCCUGGACCUAUUGAUUUAAAUUAUCGUAAUAUAAUGUUUAAUUUUGAAUAUUCAAUUGAAGACUAUGCUAAAAAAUCUGCAAUAUGUGAUGAUGACAAAUUAUUGAGAUUUCUUAAUCAAACUACUAAUUAUGAAUUAACUCUGAUGGGAUUACAUCCUUAUACAAGUUAUAAAGUUUCAAUUCAACCCUGCAAUGAAUAUGGUUGUGGUAACAUUUCAAAUCCUGUGUUUUUUACAACAUACUCUGACAAACCAAGUUGUUCACCCAACUCAAUUUACAUACAAAAUGAACCUGAUCUAGCUGUGGUUGUAUCAUGGAAUGUACUAGAUAAUAGUUGUGCUAACGGAAUUUUAGAAAACUACAUCCUUAAUUGCUUUGGAGAACAAUCAGGUCCCCUUGAAAAUGUUACAACAGAUCUUUCAGUAAUGUUUACCAAUUUGCAAUAUUAUGAGUCAAUUUGUUGUCGAGUUGCAGCAAGUAAUAUUAAUGGAACUGGACCUUAUAGUUCUGAAGAAUGCAUUUUCACUCCUGAAGCUGAACCUGAUGCUGUUCCAAUGUCACUUAACAUUGAUAUGACAUCUUUUACUGGACGUUUUACAAUACUGCCUCCUGAUCGUUAUGAGAUGAAUGGUGUAGUUUUAGGCAUUAAAGCAACCAUAAAAAACAUUUCUUUUGCUAAUUCAACUUUUGAAACAUCAAGACUGCUGCGUCGAUCUUUACCAUACUCUGAAGAGUUUGAUUUUUAUUUUAGUCCCAUUGAUUUGUACAGUGGUUCAGUAAAUAUUUUGUUUGAAUAUUUGCUUCCAUCAUUUGUGUAUUAUGUAGAGCUACAAUAUUUUAACUCAAUUGGUUAUGGUCCUUGGAGUGAUAUUUAUCAAAUUGUUACAGAAGAAUAUUAUUCAGAGGCACCAAGUUUAAUAUCAUAUUCAAGUGACAAUGUAAGUAUCAUAACAGUUAACUGGAGCAGUGUUCCCAUUGAAAAGAGUAAUGGAAUAAUAUCUCGAUAUAUAAUUUGUCGUAGUCAGAUAUUAGGCAGUAACAUCAUUGGAAACGAAGUAUGCUUCAACCACACAAAUCUUUUAGCCCUUGAGUUUAACUUAACUGGUCUAGAUCGUGGAAGCACUCACAAUGUUAGUGUUGCUGCAUGCAACAAGGCAGGAUGUGGAAAGAAGAUCUAUAUUCUUGCGAGUGCUAUGGGAUUCACUGAUGGGCAAUGGUUAGAGUGGUCAAAAUGGGGGGCAUGUAGUAAGACAUGUGAUCAAGGUCAGAUGAUAAGAACACGAGUUUGCACACCUCAUACUGAGGGUGGUUAUGACUGCCCUGGGAGUAACUUGGACUUCGCAUCUUGUCAAUUGGCAAGAUGCUCAGGCUUUGUUUUGGGAAGUGAAGGUCAAACAAACUGUACAGCUGUAUGUGCUCAGAACAAUUAUAUAUGUUCACCUUUUUAUUUAAAAUCAUAUAAUGAUGCAUCUCUUUUUCUGGAUGCAGUUAUACCAAUUAAAUGUCAAAUUAAUUUGGCUAACAAAGUCUACAGCUCUGAUUUAGAUCCUAGUUUUGAUAAUAGAACAGGUGUUUGUCAUGGUUACAUUAACAUUCCAGAUGAAGUUCCUUGUGAGAGUAAAAGUGCCUUUAAUCAACCAAAAAUGCACAGAUUGUGCAACUGUAUCAGUCCAGAUGAUUAUGGGUUUACAAAAUGGGCUCAUUGGAGUUUUUGCUCAGAGACUUGUGGAAACACUAGUGUACAAGUUAGAAAGAGGAAUUGUCUAGGAACUUGUACUGGAAACUCGAAAGAAACUCGUGUGUGUGAUGUUCCAUUAUGUCCAGUUGAUGGAGAAUGGGGAAGUUGGGGAAAUUAUUCUGAAUGCAAUACCACUUGUGGGUAUGGCUAUCAAAUUCGAACUAGAGAUUGUAACAAUCCAUCCACAGUUGGAAGUGGUACACCAUGUCAAGGAAUUCAAAAAGAUGAAAAACCAGAGUGUAAUGCAUUUCCAUGCCCAGUUGAUGGAGGUUACUCAAACUGGACUGAUUGGUCAAUAUGCAGUAGACCAUGUGGAGAAGGAGUAAGCAUAAGUAGACGUUACUGCAACAAUCCUGUACCUGCAUUGAGGGGUAAAGAUUGCAAUGGCAGUGAUGUAAUGAUAAUGCCAUGUUACCUUCAAAACUGUACACCUGUUCAAGUGGAUUUGACACAGAGAACACUGGAGACUUGGGUAUGGAAGAUGUAUAAUGUUAAUUCGAAAGAAGGGCGUGCAUUUGCUCAGCGGUUUGAAGAAUCUAUUUUUGAGCACUUUAAUAACAAUGGUAUAAAUGGUUUAAAUAGCGUUGAGGUAACCCAUCUAAAAGCUGGAAGUGUUAUUGUAUAUUAUACACUAACAUUUGAUUAUUUGUACGAUCAAAUGAUUCAUUUCAUUGAUGGAAUCAAUCAAGCAGGAAAAAUAAGCAACAUUAGUAUAGAUAGUAAGCAGUACUACUCUUCAAAUGAUGUGUCAUGCCCUCCUCCCUACAACAUAUCAGUUUCAUCUUAUAAUAAAAACACUGUGAUGUUAUCAUGGUUGCGAGAUACUUGUAUUAACAAAACAGACGCAUGGUUGUAUGUUUAUUACAAAGACAUUACUUCUGCAAACUCAACAUGGGAAUGGAGAGGUUUAGAUUCAAAUAAAACUUUAGGGUUUGUGCCAGAUCUCAUAACAUCUCAUAAAUAUAAAGCAUACAUGCUUACUGCUUUGAGUAUUGGAAAUGGUUUGCCAAGUGCAGUUUUUUAUUUUGAAACAUCACCUUUUCCACCAGAGAGACCACCUCCUUAUGCAAAUUCAUAUUCUACAGAUCCAACAGAAAUUUAUAUUGAGUGGACAGAUGUUCCAGUGAAAUAUAGUAAUGGUAAAAUACUUGGUUAUAGAAUAAGAUACAAGAUUUACACAAAAAAAGAAGCAUACCAAGUAGUUGAAGCUCAAUUUGGUUUUAAUGCUUUCACAAUAAAAAAUUUGAAGCCAUAUACAUUUUACCUUGUUGAAGUUUAUGGAUAUAAUGCAAAUGGUGAUGGUCCUGUUCAAUACUCUAUGUGUAAAACAAUUGAAGGAGUACCUUCUAUUCCAGUUCCAAAUUUUGUUGUAAAUGAUAUGCAAUCAACGAGUUGGUGGUCUGUAUCUUGGAAACCUAUACCAACAGAGUAUGUCAAUGGAGUUCUACUUGGAUAUCGACUUAUAUAUUAUUUAAGCUAUCAAUCAGGAGUAGAAAUAAGUGGAGAAAAAAUAAAAACUGUUUUAAAUUUUGACAUAUACACUCGUUAUUACAAACAAAGAGACCUUCUUAAUUAUGCAAUUUACAGUGUGAGUGUUGCAGGUUUUACUGCUGCUGGAAGUGGCCCUGCACCUGUAUAUCAAGCAAGAACAUGCAAAUGCCCUGAAUUACUUUUUGCAAACUUGUACAUUAAAAAACCAUUUACUUCAGCUGAUGCUGAUUUGAAUCCAAGCGGAUUUUUUUUAAAGUUGUUGCAAGAGAUGGUUGUUAAAUCUUGUGGUUCAUGUCAAGGUUACUCUAAUUCUAAACUUUACUUUAAUCAAUCUAAAACUGGAGAUGAAACAAUUAAAAGCUCAGAAUUUGAUUUAAAAAAUGCUAUAAACAAGGAUGUUGACUUUAGUUUUCCUAUUUACGGAAUGAAUGGACGUGAAGUGGCACCUGACAGUGAGUUUUCAGUGCUGGUUAGGUCGCCUGGAAUUGCAUUGGUUGUGCGAAAUGAAAACACAAUAAAUCAAGUUAUUAACAAAAUGUUGUUAGGCGUAUUAAAUGUGUGGCCUGUGCUGCUUAUCAGCUAUGCAAUUGCUUCUAUAUUUGGCAUUGCCAUUUGGUUUACUGAUCAGUUUUCAAAUCCAGAGCAGUUUUCCAAAGGAAGCUCACUUCGAGGACCGUUGUCAGGGUUUUGGUUUACAUUUGUCACUAUGACAACGAUUGGAUAUGGCGACUUAAGUCCACGCUCAAUAUUGUCACGAACGUUUGCAAUGGUUUGGUUUCUUACUGGAUUAAUUUUAAACGGCAUAAUUAUUGCUUUCAUAGUUACAAACUUAACGACUUUGAGUUCUUCCAAGGAUUAUAUGUUAUACAACACAAAGGUUGCUGCAUUGAACAAUUCUUUAGAACUUAAACUAGCUAUUACAAACAAUGCAGAGGUAUCUCAAGUGCGUUACACAAAUAUUAUAUCGAUGCUUGAAGAUUUACAGAACAAGGUUGUUGAUAUUGUGUACGUUGACACGUUAUCAUUGUUGGGUUAUCAAUCUGUGUUGGAUGAAAAAUCCUUAACAAUAAUAUCUCUCGAUAAUAUAAAUACUGGGUACGGUUUUGUCAUGUCUGGAAGCAGUGUGGUUUUAACAAUAGAUAUUGAUAGUUUCAUUGGUUCAAAAAGUAACGAAAUUUCUGCAUUUGCGACAUCAUUUAGACCAGAAAUUCCAAGCCUUGCUGUCCAAGAUUCAAGCCAAAUUAUUGCAGAUAUUUUUUCUGAAACAUCGCCCGCCUUUCAAAGUUCACUAAUUUACUUGGGCAUUAUGAUUAUUCUGUUUAUUGUUUGUGCUUUUACAUUUGAGUUUAUUAUGCAAAGAAAGAAAAACAAAGUUGGAGUGAAUGAUGCUUUCAAAGAGCAACUUUUUGAAUUAAGUCAGUACGUUUCUGAUUUUCGAGACAAGUUUGCUAGAGUUACAGAUGAAAUAGUGUGUCAACACGAUGAAGAAAGAGUACUUCUGACAGAUCUUAAAAGGUUUUAUAAAAAUAAAGUUAAGCGAAUUGGUGUCUACGAAACAGAAAGAUUGGUUGCUAUGAAUGAUAAAUACAGAUUUAAUUCUGUUAUAUUUAAACAGUCCAAGUAAUAUACGCUGUUUUUGCAGUUAUUCGUUCCAGCCACAUUUAAAAAACCCAAAUAAAUGUUUUUACAUUUAUACUUAGCAUAAAAUGCAAUAAAAUAUAUUUUUUAUAUAUUUUAUUUACAUUAUAAUUUACUUUUAAUAUUAUAAAAAAUCUUAUUUAAAGUGCGUUCAAAUAUUAUCAAUAUUUAAAAAUUUUUUUCAUAUUUUUUAACCUAUUUUUUUUUUUAAGCUAAAUCAAAAUUGCACUCUUUUACACAAUUACUAAGUUAUUUGAGAAUUGUAAGUUUUGUAUCGUAAAUUUUUUUAAACGGUGUAUAUUAAUAUUUUUCAUUUUCGAAAUAGUAAUACCAAUAAUUAGGUAUGUUUUUUAGGUGUCUCAUUUUUUAUUCAUUAGAAACAAGAGGAA